CCAGACACCAAGUCACCCCCUUCGCCACCUGCUGGGAGAGCUCCUAGCAACCCCUUGGAUCCGGCGGUCUUUGGGACCCAGCGGCGGAUGUCCCGGAAGGGGAAGGCGAAGGGGCUGCAGCACCUUCGCGAAGCGCGCGCCGGGGCCGGGAGAGUUUGAACUGCGCGCAGGCGCCGGGACCGUGGAGGGGCGGGGUCCCGAGUGGCUGCGGGCUCCGAAGCCUCCGGUGGCUGCGGGAACUGGGCCUGCGCUCGUGCUUCUUCCGGCCUCGUGGCGGUGCGCGGGCCGCGCGGAUCCCGCGAAGUCCUGAGGUCCCGGCGGGGCUGGAAGCGGAGCGUCUCGUAGACACUAGAGGUGUAAUGUCUCAGGAAGGUAAUUAUGGGAAAUGGACAAUAUCGAGCAGUGAUGAAAGUGAGGAGGAAAAGCCCAAACCGGACAAUCUGUCUACCUCUGUCCUCCCCCGCGCCGGGCAGCGAGCAGCCUAUGAGCCUAAGUACACCUGUUCCGAGGCUCGGAAAGCCGCCCACAGGAGGAAAAUAUCACCCGUGAAAUUCAGCAACGCAGAUGCGGCUUCAGAAGUGUCACCUCCCAAGAGGCAGAAGAGCGGUUCCCAGGAAGAGCUGGGUUGGUGUCUCUCCAGCAGCGACGAUGAGCUGCCCCCCGAGACGCAGCAGAAGGUGGCCGAGACAGUGGCGGUCAAAGAGGAGAAAGGUGUCUCCUCACCCAAAGACAGUGCUGCCCCACGAGCUGGAAAUCACUGCCCUCCUGCCCGCCACGCGCUCUCAGAGGACGAGUACGAAACGUCAGGGGAAGGCCAGGACAUUUGGGACAUGCUGGAUAAAGGGAACCCCUUCCAGUUUUACCUCACCAGAGUCUCGGGAAUUAAGCCCAAGUAUAACUCCGGGGCCCUGCAUAUCAAGGAUAUUUUAUCGCCUCUGUUUGGGACACUUGUAUCUUCAGCACAGUUCAACUACUGCUUUGACGUGGACUGGCUCAUAAAACAGUACCCACCCGAGUUCAGGAAGAAGCCGAUCCUGCUGGUGCACGGCGAGAAGCGAGAAGCGAAGGCUCACCUGCACGCUGAGGCAAAGCCUUACGGGAACGUUUCCCUCUGCCAGGCCAAGUUGGACAUUGCAUUUGGAACACACCACACGAAAAUGAUGCUCCUGCUGUACGAAGAAGGCCUCCGGGUCGUCAUCCACACGGCCAACCUCAUCCGCGAGGACUGGCACCAGAAGACGCAGGGAAUAUGGUUGAGCCCUUUGUACCCACGAAUUGCCCACGGAACCCACACAUCUGGAGAAUCGGCUACACACUUCAAAGCUGAUCUUAUCAGCUACUUGACAGCGUAUAACGCUGCCCCUCUCCAGGAGUGGAUAGACAUCAUCCAGGACCAUGACCUCUCUGAGACCAAUGUUUACCUCGUCGGAUCAACCCCAGGACGCUUCCAAGGAGGCCAGAAGGACGACUGGGGGCACUUUCGGCUUAGGAAGCUCCUGAGAGAGCAUGCCGCGGCCACGCCCAGCGCCGAGGCCUGGCCCGUCGUAGGCCAGUUCUCCAGCAUCGGCUCCCUGGGGGCCGACGCGUCCAAAUGGCUGUGCUCCGAGUUUAAGGAGACCUUGGCGACCCUGGGGAGGGACACCAGGGCCCCCGGCAAAGGCGACGCUCCGCUCCAUUUGAUCUAUCCUUCUGUGGAAAAUGUGAGGACCAGCUUAGAAGGGUAUCCAGCCGGGGGCUCUCUUCCCUAUAGCAUCCAGACAGCGGAGAAACAGAGCUGGCUCCAUUCCUAUUUCCACAAAUGGUCGGCGGAGACGUCGGGCCGCAGCAACGCCAUGCCGCACAUUAAGACGUACAUGAGGCCCUCUCCAGACUUCAGUCGGAUUGCUUGGUUCCUUGUCACCAGUGCGAACCUGUCCAAGGCCGCCUGGGGGGCGCUGGAGAAAAACGGCGCCCAGCUGAUGAUCCGAUCCUACGAGCUCGGGGUCCUUUUCCUCCCGUCGGCAUUUAACUCCAGGUCCGGAGCGCCCACACCUCUGAGUUAUCAGCAUCCGGCGUUGCUGCGUCUGUCCUUCACCAGCAGCCCGCCCUCGCCGUUGUGUUCCAGGAGGCUGACUCGAGGCCAGCCUUGCGAACAGUCGAGCUCUGUGUGCAGAGCGGCACAGUGUGGAGCACGCUGUAGGCAGUCGGCUGGCAGGAACCCUGCAGCUCUCCCCUCCCCCACGGCCACGGUGAGGGCCUGCCACGCAGGGACCCAUGGCUGUGUGGAGUGUCACCUUCGGUGUGGCCUCCCAGCCAGUGGGCCGGGAGCCAGUGUUCCUAUUCAUAGCAAAAUGCCACCUCCGGGAUUGACCUGGAAGCUCAUAAGCCCCUGGUAACCAAAUGUUGGUCUGUUCACAUUUUCCUGCUGCUUUUAAAUGAAUUAAUUGGUAAACCCAUCAUCUCGAGAUCACCUAACUUUGCCAUAGAGCAUGGAGUUGGUAACCUUUCCUUUGAUUAGAAACGCUUUCUAGAGCUUUGGGGGUUUGUAUCAAAGUGCACUGGACCGUGCACCCAGCACUUAGCUGUUGCUGCUACAUAGUCGGUACUUGACUAAAGACUUUAUUCUUUGAAGAU